AUGAGAGACUUCCAGGACUGUACUGAGGUUUCAAUCUACUGUCCCGUUCAGGCCACCACCCUAGGGUACUACCCCAAUGAAGGUGUCAACAUUUUUGUAGCCCUUGGCUACGGGAUAGCCGCCAUUGUCACUAUUGUCCUAGGCCUAUGGAAGCGGACAUGGGGCUACUCGAUCGCUGUUGCGGCCGGGAGCAUUCUUGAGUGUGUUGGCUACAUUGGCCGUGCCCUGCUCUCCAAAAACCCCUGGGACAGCGGCGCCUUCAAGAUGCAAAUCGUCGCCAUCAUCCUCGGCCCCACCCUCGUCUGCAUCGGUCUCUAUCUGACCCUCAAGCACGCCGUGACCGCUCUCAACCCAUCCCUCAGCCGUGUCCCGCCCCGCGUCUACCCCUUGUUCUUUGUCCCGGCCGACGUCUCCUGCCUCGUCAUCCAGGCCAUCGGCGGUGGCAUUGCCGCCUCGGCAGGUCGCGACAAGUACAACCUCCUCCAGGACGGCAACCGGACGAUCAUGGCGGGUAUCGUGCUGCAGGUGAUCGUGCUCGGCGCGUUUGGGGCGAUGUGUGGGGAUUAUCUGUUCCGGGUUGGACGGUACUUCAAAAGCGGUGCUGUUGCGGCCGAGCACCAGAGUGGUGCGGCGUUGUGGGCGAGCAAGAACUUCCGCAUCUUCCUGUGGGCGAUCGGCGUCGCGUAUGCUGGGCUGCUGAUCCGUUGUAUCUACCGUAUUGCCGAGAUGGCUGGCGGUUGGGGCAACUACAUCAUGCAGGACGAGCCGUCGUUUGUGGUGCUCGAGUCCUUUAUGGUGCUGAUUUCUUGUCUAUUGCUGGCUGGGUUCGCGCCGGGGAUUUUCUUCCCGCAGAUGUCGCACAAGUCUAGGCCGGUGGACGAAGAGAAGCGUGCGCCGCAGACGGAGAGUGAUUCUGCGGGCGAAGGGGGCGUCGUUGAGAUGGCGCGUGUUUAA